GUUCCAUAUUUUUCCUUGGAAAUCUAAAGGAGACAAAGAGGACAAACUCAUUUUUAAGUGGUCUUUUUAUUGCCCAUGUAAGCACCAUUUUAACAUUCUCUCCCUGUCUAAAAAGUUCUCUAAAUUCCCUUUCCCGAGCUGAAAGAUAAACAAGGUGAGCCUAAAAGAGCUGAAGCAAUGGCAGUUUGCUCAGCAUACACCACCCAGUCCCUCAAUUCAACGUGUUCAAUCUCCACACCAGCGAAAACCCAUUUAGGUUUUCACCAAAAGCAAGUAGUUUUCUAUAGGAGAAGCAGCAAGAGAGGUGGCAGCGGCAGCAGCAGCGGCCCAUGCGUGAUAACAUGCUCGGCCGGUGAUUCACAAACUGUUGUGAUUGGUUUGGCCGCAGACUCAGGAUGUGGGAAGAGUACCUUCAUGAGGAGGCUAACAAGUGUGUUUGGUGGUGCAGCCGAGCCACCGAAGGGAGGCAAUCCUGAUUCAAACACGCUCAUUAGCGAUAUGACCACUGUGAUAUGCUUAGAUGAUUACCAUUCACUCGACAGAACUGGAAGGAAAGAGAAGGGGGUGACAGCACUUGACCCAAGAGCUAACGACUUUGACCUCAUGUAUGAGCAAGUUAAGGCUAUCAAGAGCGGUGUUGCUGUCGACAAGCCUAUCUACAACCAUGUUACUGGUCUCUUAGAUCCUCCUGAGCUCAUCAAGCCUCCUAAGAUCCUUGUCAUCGAAGGACUACACCCUAUGUUCGAUGAGCGUGUGAGGGAUCUGUUGGACUUCAGCAUCUAUUUGGACAUCAGCAAUGAGGUCAAAUUUGCAUGGAAAAUUCAGAGGGACAUGGCUGAGAGAGGGCACAGCCUUGAAAGCAUUAAAGCUAGUAUUGAAGCCAGGAAACCCGAUUUCGAUGCCUAUAUUGAUCCCCAAAAGAAAUAUGCUGAUGCAGUAAUCGAAGUGCUGCCAACUCAGCUCAUUCCAGACGACAAUGAAGGGAAGGUUUUGAGAGUUAGGUUGAUAAUGAAAGAAGGGGUUAAGCAUUUCAGUCCUGUUUACCUGUUUGAUGAAGGCUCAACCAUCUCAUGGAUACCAUGCGGAAGGAAGCUCACUUGCUCUUACCCUGGCAUCAAAUUCCACUAUGGCCCUGACACUUACUUUAGCAACGAGGUUUCUAUUCUGGAGAUGGACGGCCAAUUUGAUAGACUAGAUGAACUUAUUUAUGUUGAAAGCCAUUUGAGCAACAUCUCCACCAAGUUCUAUGGAGAAGUCACCCAGCAAAUGUUGAAGCAUGCGGAUUUCCCUGGAAGUAACAACGGAACUGGCCUCUUCCAAACCAUUGUCGGGUUGAAGAUAAGAGAUCUCUAUGAGCAAAUUACUUCCAGCAAAACUGCAGCUCCACUAGAAGCAACAAAAGCCUAAGACUAUUAGAGUUUCUUCAUACAUUGGACUAGACCUUGGGUCCAUAACAAAUUAUCCUCUUUCCAGCUUUCCUCUAUCAAAGGUUUAUUUGAGUGUUAGGCUGUUGUUGCUUUCAUAAGAAUCGAGUAUGAUCCUAUGCAUUUAUUUUAUGUUCGUAAUUCAGUGGAGAUAUGUAAUAUAGAGAAACAAAAUCAGAGUUCAAUUUCAACUUUGAGAAGUUCAUAUAAGACAAAGCCUUUCGACA